AUGUCUCUGAACGAAGUCUGGGAGGCAGCCGCCAAAUCUCCUUUCAUCCCUCUUGUUGGCAAGGACGCCCAAUUCUCCGUCGGCUUCAACUUGCUGGUCCUCGCCCUGGUGACCGCGACUCUUUUCGGCCUGAAUCGGUCUCUACUUGGCAUCGCAUCCUUGGGUGUACCGGCCGCACUGGCAUUUGGCUUCGGAGCCGUGUUUACGAUUUGUGCCGCCGGAGUCUACGUUUAA